CGACCACAAGCUUUCUGUGGCUGCGGUGUCGCGCGCGUUGAUCUUGUACUCUCGGAUUUUACUUCGUGCGUAAACAUUAAAAACUUUCGUGUUUUCUUUAACACGCACAAAGUUGAAACUUAUUGUGUUAUCUUUAUGUUGUAAACAACACUUGUUACAACUAGUAAUAUUUGACUGACGAGUGUGUUAAUAAAUACUGAAAAGAAAUGAGUGUUCGAUCGUGAGUUUUAGAUAAAUAGUUUGGAGUUUUGAAGCAAAAUCUUCGAGUUUUUCUGUGUAGUGUGAUGUUAGGUACUUAGGAUGCGGUGGCGUGGUCUCUGGCUGGCGCUGCUGGUGGUGGCUGUCACCGCCAAAGGAAAGAAACACCGCCAUCAUAAACCUGGUCGCGCCCUCCUGGACCGCCUGUCGAGUACGACAGUGGGGGAGGUGGUGUCCGCAGCAGGCAGUGGGUCGGUGCCGGCGCCGCUGGACGUGGCGCCCUACUCCAGCCUGGUGGCCAACGCCACCUGCGGCCACGCCGGCACCGAGGAGUACUGCCGCGACACGCCAGGAAAGCGUGGUGUGGUGUGUGACGUGUGUGAGGGUGAGGGCGGGUCCGGGUGGCGGCGGCACCCGGCUGCGCACGCGCACGACAACGACCCCGCCACCUGGUGGCAGAGCCCCACACUUGCGGCGGGCGACUACCAACACGUCGAGCUGGUGUCCACUCUGCCAGAUAAAAUGGAACUGCUGCACGUGAUAAUCAAGUCGGGGCCGUCUCCGCGACCCCUCGCGUGGUCCCUGGAGGUGUCACCUUCCGAGGAUGGAGACGACUGGAGUAUGAUCAGAGCCUUUGGAGACAGGGACCAUUGCCGCAAGCUCUGGGACCUAAGGCCUGAGAGAAGACGUCGGAAGGCCAGAGCCGCGAAGAGAACGAGUAGAGCUGAUAAGCCUGCCUGCUCUACGCAGUUUGCUAGUCCGAGACCGCUUGAAAAUGGAGAGAUGCAUGUUGGUGUGGGCGAGGGCGUGGUAGCGCGUCGCGUGCGUUUGUCGUUCCGCGCUGCGCACGCGUCGCCCGCGAAACAACAGUACUACACGGUGCGCGCGCUCACUGUCGCCGCGCGGUGUCUGUGCCACGGACACGCCACCCAAUGUGACGUCAACGCUCAGGGUGCGAAGUGUGAAUGUGAGCAUGGUACCUGCGGGGCUCACUGCCAGCGGUGCUGCUCUGGUGGGGCGUGGUCUCCCCACGAACCCUGUGAUGAUGGAGAGGAGAAGGCUGAGUGCUCCUGUGGGGAGCGAGGCGCCUGCUCUUAUGAUGAUACAGGCGCCAUACUUUGUGUUAAUUGCACGGAGAAUCGGGCGGGGCCCCUGUGUGAUAGGUGCCUGUUCGGGUAUUACAACGCGUUGCCUGACGGACCCUGCGUGCCGUGUGGCUGUGAUCCUCAGGGGUCUGAUGGAUCUUGCAAAUGGGAUAGGAAACAAAGGCAGGUGACCUGCAGCUGUCUGCCAGGGUUCACGGGUCCACUGUGUGACUCCUGUGAGGAGGCCACGGCGCAGUUCCCUGACUGCCAGGCCCCAGUGACGCCGGCUUGUAAAUGUGACCCCCGCGGUAUUGUGGACCCCGACCGCGUCUGUGAUGAAGUUUGUGAAUGUAAAAGUAACGUGGUGGGCGAGCGAUGUGACGCGUGUGCGCCGGGCCACUUCGGUCUGCUGGCGGAGUGGCCGACGGGCUGCAAGCCCUGCUACUGCUCCCACGUCACCGACACCUGCACCCUCGCCUCGCCUGAUGACCUGGAGCCGCCGAGAGAUGUUAUACUGCCCCUAGGUGAAGCGUGGCUGAUCACCGACUCUCAAGGAAAUGAAACGCUAGAGCCAUCUGUCGACGAGCAAGGGAAACCGUUUGUUAUAAGUUAUGAGGUAGAAGGGUGGGAGUACUUCUACUGGAUGACGAACUCCUUCAAUGGCGACCAGCUGGCUGCGUACGGUGGCGAAGUCCUAGCUUCCGUCUACUGGGGCAUAGUGCGAGGAGACACGGGAGGAAACCCCACCUUUGGACCUGACGUCGUUCUUAUUGGGACUGAUGGCACCAUGCUCGCAUACUCCAACACUAGCCACGAGACUCCUGGCAACCUGCAGAUCUCCGUGCCACUGCUGGAAGGGAACUGGCGCGUCGUGGAAGAUGACCAGGUGGCUUCCAGGACACAGCUGAUGGAUGUCCUCCGAGAUAUGAAGGGCAUCAUGUUGAAGGCACACUAUCACUUCGAUCAGGAUGAGGUCCGGCUGGAGCGCGUGGGCGUGCGCGGCAGUAUGGUCCCGCGCGAGACGUGCGCGUGCCCGCGCGGGCACACGGGCCCGCAGUGCGCGCGCUGCGCCUGGGCACACACGCGCGUGCCGCACUACCAGUGCCUGCCCUGCGCCUGCAACCUGCACGCCGCCUGCGACACCGUGGAUGGACCCUGUGGACCGUGCCAGCACAACACGACGGGCCCACACUGCGAGCGGUGUCUGCCCGGACACUAUGGGAACCCUGUACAAGGAGCGUGCAAGCCGUGCGCCUGUCCAUUGUUCGAGGCGAGCAACAACUUCAGCCCCAACUGUGCGCUGGCCAGCGCCGAGGGGGACGAGUACGUGUGCACUCAGUGUCCCGACGGGUACACCGGGGACCACUGCGAGAAUUGUGACUUCGGCUACUGGGGUUCCCCCACGACCCCGGGCGGUAGCUGCCAGGCGUGUGAGUGCGGAGGCUCCCCCUGCCACCCCGCCACGGGCCGCUGCCUCACCUGCCCGCCGCAUACUGAGGGCGCGCGGUGUGAUCUCUGCAAGGAAGGCUACUGGUUCGGCGGCUCGGCGCCGAGCGCGACGAGCGCGGGCUGCGUGGCGUGCGCGUGCGGCGCGGGCGCGCUGUCGGCCGCGUGCGACGCGCGCAGCGGACACUGCGCCUGCCGCGCCGGCUGGACCGGCCGCGCCUGCGAUACCUGUCUGCAGGGAUACGGGGGUGUGUCGGCGGGUUGCCCGGCAUGUCGCUGCGGCAGGGCGGCGGUGAACGCGACGUGUGACGUGGUGUCGGGGGACUGCGCCUGCGCACCCGGCGCCGCGCCGCCAUCUUGCGACACGUGUCUGGAUGAACACUACGGAUUGGAUAGCACGGGGUGUAAAGGUUGCAACUGUUCGUCGAUCGGUGCGGAGAGCAACGUGUGUGACAUUCGAACGGGGCAGUGCCGUUGCAAGCAACACGUUACGGGCAGAGCUUGUGAAACAUGCGAGGAAGGCUAUUGGGGCCUACACCUAGGCGGGUGCCGUCGCUGCGCGUGCGGCCCCGGCGCGUCAGCCUGCGACCCGGAGACGGGGGCCUGCGCCUGCGCAGAGGGUGUCGGUGGCGCACACUGCGACAUCUGUCUGCCUGGGUACUACGGGUUUGGACCUACUGGAUGUCUACCGUGUCCAGAAUGUACAGACGGCAAGGUGUGCUCCCCGCACAGUGGGCGGUGUGUGUGCCCGGCGGGGUCCAUGGGGGCGGGCUGCCGGCAGUGUGCCCGCGGCUACUGGGCAGUGGGCAACACCUGCAGGCCUUGCAACUGCGGCGCCGGCGCUGUUUCUAACACAUGCGACCCCCACUCUGGAGAAUGCAAGUGUCGCGCGGGCUGGGCGGGGCACACGUGCGAGCAGUGCGCGCGCGGCCACUACGGGGCCAAGUGUCGGCCCUGCCAGUGUGACACUGCCGGCUCCAGAGACUGCGAGGACGGGCUCUGUCCCUGCGACGAGUGGGGACGGUGUUCUUGUAAGGAGAACGUAGUAGGCGAGAAGUGUUCCGAGUGCCUGGAGGGUACGUUCGGGCUGUCUGCGCAGAACCCGGUGGGCUGCACGGCGUGCUUCUGCUUCGGGCGCGCGGCGCAGUGCCGGCAGGCGCAGCUUGCACGCGCUGCGCUGCACGCCGCCGCGCCGCUGCAUGUCACGCUGCAGCGACCGCCGCAUGAUGUUAUUACUACUAUGGACCAGGACUCCCUGCUAGCCAUCCACACCCACACAGCAGACGCCACGAUCUCCCUCCCCUGGCCCCCGGUCCCUGUCUACGUGGAACUGGACAAACGCUUCGUAGGGGACCGAGUGACCUCCUACGGAGGGUCCCUGAGGUUCCGCGUGGAGGAAGAGGGAGGGGUUGAACUGAGUAAGGAGGUACUGGACCGGUUCCCUCUCGUGAGGCUGUAUAGUAAGAACAUCGUGCUUGAUUAUUUUGAGCUGGAUCCAGCAAUAAACGGAUCCCACGUGGUCCGUCUCCACGAGUCGCUGUGGUCAGUCCGCGGCGGGGGCCGGACUCUGGGCCCCCGCGGGUCCCGGGCCGCGCUGAUGUUGGCGCUGCGCCGGGUGGACAGGCUGCUCGUGCGGGCCACUACCAGGGCGCCCACGCACACUGAGCAUGUACACGCACUGCUCCUCAACGUGUCAUUAGACACGGCAAUCCCUGGUCUAAGUCGGUCGGAGCCGGCGUUGGGCGUGGAGCUGUGUGACUGUCCCCGCGGGUACGCGGCCAGCUCGUGCCAGACCCCGGCCAUCGGGUUCUGGAUGCCGCCGCCCACCGUGCACAUGUCCACGGUGGCCGGCACCAUCAUCAUCAAGCUGGAUGAGGAGGCCCAGCCUUGCAUCUGCAACGGCAGGGCCACCGAGUGCCAUCCUGACACUGGAGAGUGUCUGAACUGCACAGGUGGUACAGGCGGGCCCCGGUGCGCGGAGUGCGCGGCGGGCCACUACGGGUCCCCGGGGGGCCCCGGCGGCUGCCAGCCCUGUCCCUGCCCCGAGCGUGCUAGGAACUUCGCUGACUCCUGCGUCAUGCACGAUGGCAAACUGCAGUGUCUUUGUAAACCUGGCUACACUGGACCGGAGUGCGAGCUAUGUGCAGCAGGGUGGCGGCGUGAGGGCGGGGCCUCGGGCCCCUGUGUGGCCUGCGCCUGCGACCCGGCCGGCAGCCUGGGCCCCACCUGCGACCACUGGGGCCGCUGCCACUGCAGGGACUUCGCCACUGGACCACGCUGCGACCAGUGCAGGCCACCCAGGACCUAUAUGGAUGACAAUGGAUGCAGACCAUGCGACAACUGCACCCAAACUCUUCUAGACUCAGUCGAAACGCUAACUUCAGAACUACGCACCAAAGCAGACCCGAGGGAACUGAGUCGUAUUCCGAAACCUUUCGCCGCAGUCCGAGAGUUCUCACACAACGCCACUGUACUCCGAUCUAGCCUCGACCAUUUAACGAACAAUCUAGUACAUUCCAAAAACUUAGAAAGUAUGUUAGGGGAUUUAGAGAAUGCUGAACAUAGGAUAUUUACUGAAGCGAAUAGCUUGAAGACAGAAGCUCAAAGAAGGGAGAAAGAUGCUGACUACUUAAGUUUAGAGAGUAUGUCUGCUUUGGAGGAAGUAUUGAAAGUCAGGAGGAAAGUCAGUGAGCUGGUGGCAGCACUGGAUGAUUUCGCGAGAGGGGAGAAACACUUGAGUGCUCAUAGAGCGAUAAAGGAGGCUCGCCAUCUGCUGCGACAGAUCAAGGAGAUCAAGUUUAUUGACUACGUCACUGGCGCCAAUGAUGUGUUCGAUUCUGCACAUCUCCAGUCAACGGCAGUGCAGGAAAGAAACUAUAGACUAGAAGACACAUACAGACGGCUGGCGAAGCUGCGAUCCUCCCUGGACACCUGGGAGCUGAAGGCUGCGGAGCUGCAGAGGCUGGCGGAGACUGUGUGGACGGCGGACGAUACUGUCGCCGCGCUGAAGCUGCAAGUACGGCCGCGACUGGCUGCGCUCAGAGACCUCGGGCUGCGGUGUCGGCUUGUGCUCGAGGACAUCACAACAUUAUCAGCGCACAACAUCACAGACGAGAUCCGGAGCUCGUUACUCCAGGGUCAGACCCUGGGCAUCAGGUUCCCGGCGUUAAUAGCAGAGCUGGCGGUGCUGACCAUUGCUGCGGAGGAGAAGGAGGGCAUCCUCUACAGUCUCACUCCUGUGUACAAGCAGAAGUACUUGGAGGCUGUAGAGAAACACGUGGCGGAGUUAGGGGUUAAAGCUAAAGAGUAUAAAAGGUUAUUCGCGGGCAGUCGUGCAGCAGCGUCGCUCGGAGUAUCAGCAGCGCAGGCGUGGUCGCAGGUGGCGGGGCUGGUCCGCGGGGCGGCGGCGGAGGCCGACGAGGCAGCCCGCGCCGCCGGGGCCGCCGCCGCCAAGGUCCACGGCAGCGUGCCCCUCGCGCACUCCGCCGCCACGGGACGACAGACCUCCGAGGACCUCAAGCAACGAGGACAACAAGUGCUCGCUAAAGCUGAUGAGCUAAGAAACCAACUAGAACAUCUGCGGCGCGGUGCUGACGUAGUGAGCGUAGUACUGCGGGGGCUCGGCUGGCAGGAGAGGGAGCUCAGCGGCCGACCCAGGGCCAACGUGCAGGAGAUCCUCAACGCGGCCAACGAACAGGCAGACAGGGUGUUCACCAGCACCAGAGUGCUGUAUGAUGAGGCCAGUGAGCUGCGGAGGAGGGUCCGAUACCACCUCCGGAGACAACUCACUGAGUUACAGAGACACGGCGAUACCGCGCUAGGAGCUGCGCAAGAGCAUGUGUCCCAGAUCCGCAGUAACACAGUCCGCGGCGCGGAGACUGCGGGCGCGCUGGCGGACGCGGCGCGUGCGCGUGCGCAGCAGCAGCAGGGCGCGCGCGCCGUGCUGCGGCCCGCGCUCACACUGCUGCAACACAAACUGGCGCGGGCACGACACGCCGCCGACACCAUCUCAGUAUCCCUGACAUCAGUGCCGGGCGCCGGUAUAGGCUGCGCACGCGCAUACAGUGUGACGUCAGCGUCCCCCGCCGUCACUCGCCUGGCACUCGCUCUGUCCUUUGAUAACAAAGUCAGGGACGGACCUCUGCUCUACCUCGGAGAUGAUACACAGGAUACGGAGCGUUACUUGAAGUUGUCAGUACUGAACAGUAAGCUGCACCUGUCGUGGCAGCUGGGGGGCGGGGAGGGGGUGCUGGUGCAUCCUGAGCUGCUGCAGCCCACGCACGAUGAUGCAGACCAUACUUCUUACAGGGUGGAGAUUGAACGGGUAUGGAACUCCGUACAGUUAGUGGUGGAGAAAGCUGGUGGCAAUGCCGUCACUGCGCGUAACUCUAGCGGCCCGCGGGCACACAGUCUGCGUCCCCGCCGCGUGUGGCUGGGGGCCGCCAGCCCGGGCCCCGCCAGCCCGGGCCCCAGCGCCCCGGGCCCCGGGCUGCCGGCCUGCGUGCACGCGCUGUACUCGGACCAGCGAACCCUUGGACUGUGGAACUUCGCUCACCAACCACGUGAUGCACAGUGUACCGGUUGUACACAGAGAUGGUACAGUGGUCGUGGUAGCGAGCCGUCGAUGGUGUGGUUCAACGGCGCCGGCUACGUGGAGCUCACCAGGUCCAGGGCGCGCCCGGCAGACAGGAGGCAGUUCAGUGUCGCCUUCACGUUCCGGACCAGGGACGAAGACGCUCUGCUCUUCAUGGCGCUCGACACUGCUAACAACCGCUCAGUAUCGGUGUGGCUGCGGUCGUGCCGCGUGGUGUUCGGCGUGGAGUACGGCGGCGCGCGGCUGCAGAUCACGGCGGCCGGCUCCCACUGCGGCGGCCGGCCCGCGCACGUCCAGGCCACCAGGCUCUUCGCCAGCAACAAGCUCGAGAAAGGCAGCCUGCGCGUCAACGGCGAGGAGACGCUGGGGUCGCCCGCGCCCCCCGUGCAGGCCGCCGCCGCGCUGCCCGACCUGCAAGCCGCGCGCUACUGGCUGGGGGGCGCGCCGCCCGGACACGGGGGCGCCGCGCCCGCGCCCCCGCUGCUGGGCUGCGUCGGGGCCGUCACCGUGGAUAGGGCUGGCUACGAUCUGCUGGAUGCUCCGACUAGGCACGGGCUCGAGCCACGCUGUGGGGAAAGGACCCUCCGUUCAGCGAUAGUAUCGGGCGAGGGAUACAUAGAGCUGCCGUCGCCGUCGCUGCGCCGUAAGUGUGAGGUGGGCGUGUCGUUCAGUGCGCGUGCGCCGGCCGGCGUGCUGCUGUACCGCGCGCCCGACGCCCCGGGGGGGACCCACUACCUCGCACUCAUGCUCGUCGCAGGCGAGCUAGAACUAGUGGCAGCGGCCGGUAAGGCAGAGAUACGUUUGCGAACCAAUGGAACCAGGUUCGAUGACGGGAGGAUGCACACUGUGACUAUAAUAAGGUCGCAUAAACAGCUAGAACUAUGGGUGGAUGACGAACAGUUGGCUCGGGGAGCACUUCCAGGGGGUGCUUACCCCCCAAAACCAGGGGGGUUGUUCCUAGCGGGGGUGCGGGGGAUCACACACCCUGGGAUACCCCUGGAGUCAUUCAAGGGAACUAUCGCUGACUUCAUCGUGGAUUCCGAACUGAUAGGCCUAGAGACAGCAGUAUCUUGGCACGGUGCCCAACUAGGUCGUGCGGAGGAGGGGACGGGGAGCGUCCCCCCUCCAGCCCCCACUCUACACGCACAACAUGACGCCGCGCCCGCUUGUACUAAGACAUCAUCGUACACAGUGGAGGCGGGAGCAGUGAAGUUUGGCGACGUAGCACACAGCCACGCCUGGCUGCGCACGCGCAGACGCGGGGACAUUGCCAUCACGCUGCAGAUACGGACGUAUGCUACUGAUGGCCUAUUAUUGUUGGCACCGGGUUCCAAAGCAAAACCGAAACACUUUAUGUGUCUAAUGCUGCGCGAGGGCAAGUUACGUCUGGUGGUGCGCGGGCGCAAGCGGAAGGAAGUUACUCUCCCCCCCACUGUGAGUGACGGCACCUGGCGACAGGUGUCGCUGAAGGUGACGCGGGGCCGGGCCUGGCUGGCCUGCGCGGGCGCAUCCGCCACUGUACGGGGGGCCGCGGCCAGGGCACAGAGGCUAUAUGUAGCUGGUCUACCACCUCCACCUGCGCUACCUAAUCUACCCAAUGCUAUCACCCGUAUCCCUGGUUUCCGCGGGUGCAUCCGUCGCGUGUCUCUGAACGGCCGCGUGGAGGACUUAGUGAGGGAUGCGCAGGCGCACCACGGCGUCGGACAGUGCUUCCCUAAUGUAGAGAAAGCCGCUUACUUCGGAGGUGACGCGCACGCGACCUGGUCGAGUUCCUGGCUCCUGACAUCGGACGGGUCUGAGGCAUCCACCGAGCUGAGGCUACAGUUCCGGACCAGUGAACCUAACGGAGUGCUACUGGCUGCUGCCGGACUACUUCUUGAAGUUAAAGAUGGAGCUGUGGUGCUAUCCCGGCAGGGCGCGGAGCGGUCCCGCGUGUGGUGGCGGGCGGGCGCGUGCGACGGGGCGUGGCACUUGGUGCGCGCGCGCGCCACCCCGCGGGCGCUAGAGCUGCAGCUGGACGGCGGGCAGGUGCAGAGGGACGCGCCCUCCGCACUCCUGCUGGACUCCAGUGAUUCCCCCCCUACGCCUACUGCGCUCUACAUCGGCGGUCUGCCUGAAGGUGUAAUGGAAUCUACAGAAGGUGGUAAGAAUUUCAACGGCUGCAUCCGCGACGUCUCAAUAGGCGGGCAGCAGCGAGACUGGACGGAAAUGGAGUCCACACACAAUGUCCUACUGGACUCCUGCCCCAUACCACAGUAGACUCUAAGUAGCAAGCUAUUAGGUUCAAAUUCCAGUCACAAACACUUGGUAACAGUGCCAUGCUUAGCCGAUGAAGAGAUUGGUGCAAAAUGGUUGAAUCAUACAUUUGUACCUAUGAACAUAAAGGCUGAAUUAUAAUAAUUUGAGUUUUAAAUGAUUUGGUGGCGACAUUUUCUCUUUAUUUCAUAAAUUGCAACUUUAAUAUUUUUUUUAUCUCGUAAUCGCACUGCGCACGCUACUCAUGAAUAAGAGUCCCGUUGUAACUUGAAACUGAUAGAGCUUUACUCAAAUAGUUUACAUGAGUAUGUAAGCAAUUGUUUUUGCCUCAAGAUACUUCAAUGAUUGGAUAUUAUAGUUGCAACAUAUUUGACAAAGAUAUAUGUCGCUGCCUUAUUAUUUGAAGUCUGUAACGUGCCUUAUAUAUUCUGUAAGUUUUACCAAAUAGUGCCAUUAUAAUAUUCUACCCAGAUAAGUGAGUAAAGUCUGAUUCACACAGUCAACACAACACUUUGAUUAAAAUAUAAAUAUCUACAUGAACAACAGGUGUUCUGAGAAAAUAUUAGUACAAGUCUAGUGUUUUGUUUGGGUACUAUCACAAUUUAAAUUGUUGCCAAAUGAUUAAUAAAAUAAUCAAGAUAUGAAACAAUGUGUACCUAUCACCUACAUUGUAACAUGAUAAAAUAAGUAAUUAAGUACUGAUCGGUAUCGUUUUUGCAAAUCAGCACCCUUAGUACGAGUUUGCUUUACGUUGAACGAAAAUGAAACGAGAGUUCUUUCGGCUCUCUGAUUGGCCGGCAGGAAUGAACCAACCAAUCAGAGCGCUGAACGUGCUCUUGUUUCGAUGUCAUUAUAAGUAAAAUAAACUCUGAUAUUUUGUCUGAGAGAAUAAUACCAGUUUGUUUGGAUAUUUUAUUUUAAUCAGUGUUGCCAUUAAACAUAAAUAUUUUAAAUGCACAUCAAAUGAACAAGUUUUUACAAUGCCUUGCAAUACGUGUAGAAAUGUGUAGACAGUGAGGCUUUUAUGAGGCUAUGUAAUAAGUUAAAUAUAGGCUAGACACUGUCGCGAACUACUAAAUUCAUUUUCUAAUAUUUUGCCACAGAAUGCGUAAUAGAAAUGGUUAGUAACUAAUGUUCAUACUAGUCGUGAUUACUAUAAUAAUAAUUAACUUAGUAAAAUACACAUUAAGGGCCAUAUACGUUAUAGUUACAUAUAGUUCGUAUACUUGGCGACGUCGCCAGUUGGUCGUCAAGCGAGUUAUGGUCAAAUACUCAAACGUUACUCAAUUUUAAGACGUGCUCAAGAAUAGUUCUGUCCCUACAAAUUCUUUGUAAAUGACAGAGAUAACACAAUAUUUAAGAGCAACUUAAAAUUGAGUAGCAUUUCAGUAUUUGGGUGUUAGUCGUUCGUCGUAAUACCAACUAGUUGACGACGUCGCUGGCUACGUCGCCAUGGCGUCCCAGUGAGCCAUGGCCUUAAGUGAAUAAUAAGGCUUUUUGUUCACGAAUUAAGUAGUUCACGACAGCACAUCACUCCAGCGACCAAUACUCGAUGUAAAAUGUAAAUACACGUACUUAAUAACUUCUACCAGUAUUUUUAUAAUAAUUUGUACAUAUUAGGUAGACUUCUUAACUUUGUAGACUUU